CACGCCCCGGGGCGGAGCCAAGAGAGUGGAGCGGAGCCGGUGGGAGGCCGGCUGGCAAGUGGCGAAGGGUGACGCAAAUUGUCUGAUGAAUUCUGAUGAGUAUUCUGUGAUGGAUAACAAGGACUUGGAAGCAGAGAUCCACCCUCUGAAGAAUGAGGACGGGAAAGCUCCAGAUAACCAUGAGAACUGUGCAGAGAAAGAAGGUCUCUGCAGGAAGCCCACCCGCUUGUCUCAGCUCUCCCGAUGGCGCACUGCUGCCUUCUUCCUCUCAUUAUUCCUGUGCCUGAUUGUGGUGUUUGCCUUUUCGUUCAUCAUCCCGUGUCCAGUGAGGCCUGUUUCACAAAGGACAUGGAACAGGAAAUAUGACCGUGCGGUGACCUACAAGUUUCUGGCUGUAGAAGAUGUGAACGAAGACAAAGUGCAAGAUGUUAUCUUCGUUUUCAAAGAUACCAAUGGUAGCAGCAGUGUUAACAGAUCCUGCUCAGAUGAAGGCCUUUCCGCUCCAUGUGCCUUUGUUACUGCUGUCUCGGGCACCAACGGCAGCACGCUCUGGGAGAGGCCUGUCACUGAAGACCUCCUGUGGAUGGAGUGCGCCAUUGAGCAGCUGGGUGGGGCUCAGUCCCCAGGCUGUCUUGUCAUUGGGAACCCAGAGUUACUAACUGCAAUCAACCCUCACACAGGGGAAGUUCGAUGGAGGCAGUUUAACAGUUUUGGAGCUAAUUAUACUGUGGUGACUCCCUUGUUAAAGAUACCAGAUGUGGAUGGGGAUGGAGUUCAGGACGUGAUGAUCUUUACCACUGCAGGAGAUGAGACUCAAAGUUUCAUCUAUUCGGGGAAGAAGGGGGAGCAGAUCGGAACCAGUGGCAGACUGAGUCUGGGUGCAAGGCCUGGUUAUCUCAUGCAUGUGACUAAGACUGGCUCCUACUACGUUCUCUUCAAUACUGUAAAUUCUCUUUACGGCUACUCCUUGAAGGAUCUCUACAGCAUGGCAACUGGGAUGGAAAGUAAACUCACCAGCCUCCAGCAAGAUCCUCAGUGGGAGAAGAAGAUCGAGAGCCCCACACAUCACAUACCUCUUUUCAGCUCUGGAGACAUUCGUUACCUGGUGAAGGUUCCCGGGAGAUCAGGGGAGAAUAUCUUGGUUGUGAAGUCAGACAUGGCUGAGCUUCUCGAUGGACAAACUCUUGACUCCCUGUGGACUGUCAACGCCUCCCACAUCUUGAGCGAGCCAGUGUUUGGUUACUACACACCUGACGUUCUCCACAUAGUCCUUGAAAGCGGAGUUGGACCCAACAGGAAGAAGAUCAUGAUUGUUGAGAGUGGCUCUGGAGCAGUCCACUGGGAGCUGGAGCUGAAUUCAAGAGCAGGGAGUCCAAGGCCUGCCACGCUCAAUACUGCAGAUCACCGGUCCAUGUUCCUCUUCUGGGGAGAGUACCAGGCAGAGGCCAAUGAAACGGGCUCCAAAGCGGCUCGCCAGAAUCUGUAUCUGUUCCAUCCGUCCUACCCCAAUGUUCUCAUGGAGCUGAACAAUAGCCCAGACCGAAUAGUCGCCUUCGACGCGGUUCUGUUUGAGCGGAGCCGGCAUGCCUGCUACGUGUUGCUGACCAGGCCACAGAGCAGCGAGGGGCCAGGCUGGGUGUCUGUCACCAAGCGGAAGCUGAAAGAGGACAUCACUGGCAGUAGGGUGACCUGGCUGAGCCAGGUGGCAGGGGACAGUGAGCAGUACAUCAGGGACCGCUUCUUCAGGAUGCGAUUCAGCAGCCAAAUGUGAGCUCCCUGGGAGACCCCGGAGAACCAUCUCAGCACUCUCCUCCAGCAAUGGACUCAUUAAACUCAGAUCACGAACUCAUGUGGGAAGCUGACGUUCUUGAUCCACAAGCCAAAGGCUGGCUGCUGAGAAAACAGCCACAGCAAAUCUACUUGUGACCCCGCAGGGCUUGGGCAUCCCAAAUCCUGCACAAGUGGCUGCCAGCGCGGCCAGCCUCUGAGCUGCUGGGGCUUCAGUCCCUGGGUGUCCCUGAAGUGCCAUCACUUCCAGGAGAUCUGCCUCUUUCCCUCUCUAAAUCACGUGAUACUUGCUGCGCUGCAGGGCGUACCUCAGCCGGGGCCGCUUUCCCAAUACGCCCCAAACUAGGACCCCGGGAGGGCAUGUCUGGGGGCUGGAGGGAGGCCUCAGUUGAUUACUCUAACCUUGGUAUUUGCAGUGAGGGAGGGCAUGUGCAUCUGGGUGAGAGCAAGAUGAGGGAGUGUGCGCGCUCACAUGUGCGCGUGCGUUCAGCUGUGUGUGCGCGUGCGCUGUUGGAUUUUCUUUCCUGUUUGCCCAUAUAGACAGAUGGGCUCUCCUGAGUAGGAAUUUUUGCCUUUUCCAAAGAGUGGCGUGGACACAGCGUGCUUGGUGUCUCACUGGAAUACCUGAGUGCUGCUCGCCAAUGAUAAUGCAGUGAGAUGGGUACUGAGUGAGCACAGCGGGGCGUGCAAUGGCAGGUGUAUUGGAUAUGGCAGAUAGUCAAUGGCCCAGGAGAGCCACAGACUAAAGUGCAGUUCUACUCUGAAAAUGUCUCUGUAUAAACAGCAGCUCCUUGUUUUCCAAGCCUUCUGCUCCUGUUGCGUACCGAGGUGCAGAGCUGCUGCCUACUGCUGACUGAGAUGCAUGGGCUGCUUUUCCCCCGUUGGCCCUGCCGCAGCUGUGCGAGAGGGCACCUGACUUGGCUCUGGUUCACUUAUCAGGAACAGAAUUGCUAACACAGUUCCACUUGUAGAUGAUGCAAGAGCCAGAACAAGCCUGGCUACCCAGUCCCCAUGGUGCUAGCUCAUGCUCUCUGCUCGUUGGCUGGGCAGAUCGAGUGCAUAUGGGACCCGCGGGGCUGUUUGCAGGCGCUCUUCAGAGUGGAGCUGCCCGUGUUCCUUGCCAGGAGGCCGGCCAGCUGUUCCCAGGGUGCUGCUCGUCAGACAUGAAUUCAGCCUCGCGACCCCUGCAAGGAGAGUUCUCUGAGCACUGCUACCUUACUGAGUGAGGGGGACACGGAGACAGGCUGUGCAGUGUCUGGCCAAGGUCACCCAAGGUCUCUUUGCAGAGUUCUAUCGGCAGCUCUUUCCCAAAGCCCCACCUCCUGAUCCCCUGCUCUAAUGGCUGGGUAACGCUGCCCCUCAGUGCUAGCAGCCGUGUGGAGGGUAGGACACUUGGGUGCUGUUCUUUGUGGGUGCUGCCAUUGCAGUGUGGUCAUGUUCAUUUGCUGUCGCUCUGUACUGAGGUUGCAGUGGGAGGGGAAGAAAUGGUGGGGCCUCCCUUGGCAUGCCCUGGGGCACCAUGCUCCGGGGUGAAAUGCCCUGGGGGCCAGGCAGCGCACAGGGGCAGCUCAGUGUGAGGGGGAGUGCCCAGAAGUGCCCUGUCACUGCUCCGGUCGUCACAGCUCCUUGGAGCUCUGCUGCAGGCUUGUGAGGUGACUGCUAAGCUGGGGUCCUGGUUCUUUGGGAGCAGCGCGAAUCUGUGAAUUCUGCCUGUGUCCAGUGGAGCAGGGGCUGGGUGCUCCGGGGGGAUGCUCGGAGGGGGCACUUCGCUCACCUGUGGAGAGAGCAGGACCUGCGAGGCCUCGGGAAAAGUGUGUGGUGCCCGUGGAGUUGGGGAGCUGAUCCCCAGCAGGCACGGACAAGGCUUCCUCACGCUAAGGGCAGGAUGUGAGGCAAGGCUAAGCACUCGCCUCCUCCAGGCAAAAUUAACUGCAGCAUCUACUGUUGGGGUUUGCUGGUGUAGCAACCAACUGUUUGACCUUGCACUUCUGCUUCUAAGGGUCCCCUAUGCACAACCCCCCACCCCUUUGUGAAAUUAUACAGUUGUGAAGUGUUCUGCUCAGUGCCCUCACCGCUGGAACGGAGCUGCUUUACUGGAGCGAAUUAGUGGAGAGAGCAGAGCUAGCCAUCAUGGGGACCGAGUCUCCCACCAUGGCAGCUUGGUUCAGCUGCCCUGCUCUGAGGAUGCCCCCAGAACGUGCAGUCAGUGGGAUGAUGCCUCGGCUCCCUGCUCCUCAUGUCUGGGGAGGGCUCUCCUCAAGCGUUCUCCACAGGGACUGCAGGCUGCAUUGUGUGUUGUGCCAUGGAUUCCCUUGGCUUCUUUCUUGAAAUUCCCCUUCUCCCUAACAUGGUCUUUUGAAUGGUCUGAGUGCUGGAAGCAGAGCCCAGUCUCGUCUUUGCUCUAGCUCAGGUUCCCGUGAUUUGCCCACCCUUCAGGGGCAUGCAAACGACCUGAGACCCAAUCGCCCUGCACGUCCCUGGGUUGUGCCUUUAGACCUGAGGGAUGUCUUACCACACAGCUGGGAUUCUGGCCUGUACCCUGCUGGUGGCACUGAGCGGCUGUCAGCGAGGAUAGCAGGUUCAGCAUGCCAGGUAACCCACCCACUGAUGGCUUGAGCUCAGAUUCGGGAAGCUUGGCUGUGCUGGUUGCACUGUGCCCUGGGCAAAUGGUAACCCUGCAGCUUGCAUGCCUGUUGAACUGAUAUUUAUCAUCUGCAGAUUGUAUCUCACUGAACCUCCUCGAAAGGAACAAGUCUUCAGGGGACGUGGUCUGUGCAUCAGGAUUGCAUUGUGCAUUAAUGAUUCUUGCUGUUUGAGUUUUUCCUCUUCCUUCCUGACCCCCUAUGCAGACACAACCCUUCCAGGUAGGCACUCUGAACAUUGCCUCAGGAGAGCAGGAGUCUCAGCUUUGGGAGAUGUUUCUGGCUUUAAAUUCCUCUGUUAAUACGUUCCGUGAUAACUUGGAAAUCCAGGUUCUCCUGUUAGCAAUGUCAGUGCCAAGCUAAGACCCUCGUAAUGAUGCAAGAGUCCAGCUGCUUUUCCCCUGUGUCAUUGUUUUUGCAGUAUUGAGUGAAUGGUUUAAUUGUGCCUUGAUUCAGUAACUCUGCUGGGCGCUACUAGCAGAAAUCACUGCGUGUGUGAACAGUGUAUUUUCUAGCACUAGGAUUAUCGGUUUGGUUCUGUAAUUUAUUGCAAAUGUUGCUGUACUGGGCGUGGUCUAACUGUGAUGAUUCAAUAAA